GCGCAAUGCAAGAGAAUGUAGUAUAUAAGACCUCUCUCAUCCUCAAGCCGCAUCACAUCUCGCCAUGAAGGUCCUGGUUCUGUUUUUGGCAUCAGUGGCAGCAGCUACAGCUGCCCCGCAGGGUUACAGCCUGCCAACGCCUUCUGGUUCGUCCUUUGGCUCGUCUUUCGGCUCGUCCGGUGGACAGUCCUUUGGCUCGUCUUUCGGCUCGUCCGGUGGACAGUCCUUUGGCUCGUCUUUCGGCUCGUCCUUUGGCUCACUUGGCUCGUCCUUUGGCUCGUCUUCUGGCUCGUCCGUCGGACCAUCCGUUGGUCCGUCCUCAGGGGGAUGCAGUCCCGGGCAAGUGCGACAUGUGGACGGUAGAUGCGUGACUCCGAGAGAAAACAGAAGAGUGUUCUUGUAUGAAGUUCCUUCGAACGUGGUGUUCAACAGCGCUCCAGUCAACGUCCCCGAGCCAACAGUGGAGACCAACAUCGUGCUCAUCCGAACGCCCGAAGGAUUACAAGGGACCUGAUCCCGUGGUCGUGCCUCCUCCGAGACAGCAGCACGUGGUGUACGUGCUCAACAAGCAGUCUGAACACGACCAGAGGGUGAUCGAGGUGACAGCACCACCGCCAUCUGAUCCUGAAGUUUACUUUGUGAACUACGCUGAAGGCGAGAACCCAACUCUUCCUAGCGGAGUGGAUCUACAGAGUGCUCUGGGCGCUGCUACUCAAGGCGGCGGUCAGGUGAUCGGCGACAGCGGCUCUGGUGUCGGGGGAGUCGUAGGCGGUGGUAUUAGUGGCGGUAUCGGAGGUGGCAGCGGCGGAAGCAUCAGUUUGGGAGGAGACGGAGGAUUCGGAGGCAGCAGUGGCUUCAGCAGCUUCGGAGGAAGCAGUGGAUUUGGAGGCAGUGGCAGUUUUGGAUCCGGAAGUGGAUUCGGUGGUUCGGGAGGCGGCAGCAUCAGUGGAAGCUACACUCCACCAACACAGCCCUCAAACCUGUACACUUCACCAUAAAAUCCAUGAAGUGAACAGCCAAGCGCUUUACUUCAUAAUGAAUAUAGCGAUUAAUGUUAGGCCUAACUUAUGUAUGUACACAUUUUUGCCAAAUAAAACUAUAAUGACAAAA